AUGAACGCACCAACAUUUGCAGGUAUGCCUUCGAGCAUGCUUACAGUUAAAAUGAUGUGCUCUGAAUGUCGAGAAGAUCCUCCUAAUCUUGUGGAGGAAUUUUCGAGUGGUGAUACCGUUUGUGGAAGCUGCGGAUUGGUUUUGGGUGAUCGAAUAAUUGAUACUCGAAGUGAGUGGCGUACAUUUUCAAAUUCAGACGAAGCCGGUGGAGAUCCCAGCCGUGUUGGUAAAGUUGCGAACCCUCUUUUAAAUGGAUCUCAAUUGGAUACCGCCAUUUCUUCGGCUGACGGAACUGGAGCAAUGCUAGCCAAGGCGCAGGGACGAUCCGUUCAAGUUCGCGGUGAAAAGAACCUUUUGACAGCUUAUAAGGAAAUUGGUGCAAUGUGCGAUGCGAUCAGUUUACCUAAGGUAAUUGCAGAUACCGCGAAGCAGUUAUAUAAAAGAGUAGACGACCACAAAGCCUUGAAGGGUAAAUCUUCGCAAUCAAUCAUAGCUGCCUGUAUUUAUAUUGCUUGUCGGCAGGGAAAGGUUCCUAGAACUUUUAUGGAAAUCUGUACUUUGACCAACGUCCCCAAAAAAGAGAUAGGACGCGUUUAUAAGACAUUACAACGCAUGCUUACCGAAGGUGGUGCUCUCCAUAAUUCCGUUGAUGCCUUGAAAGGUCAAGAAUAUAUCCAAAGCAGCUCUACCUCGGCUGAGGAUCUCAUGGUUCGUUUCUGUAACCGCUUACUGCUUCCUAUGGUUGUGCAGUCUGCUGCUGCUGAAUUGGCUCGUCGAGCCGGACAGGAGGGUACACUUGCAGGUCGCUCACCAAUUUCGAUCGCUGCUAGUGGAAUAUACAUGAUUUCUGCGUUGAUGGGGUAUCCCAAGACCCCGAAAGAAAUUUCGGAGGUUACGGGUGUUAGUGAUUCUACCAUUCGUAUCGCUUACAAGCUUUUGCAUGCAGAGCGUCAAAAGCUUAUAGAUCCCAAAUGGGUUGCAAAAAAUAGCACAAUGGAUGCAAUGCUGCCAAAGCCGUAA